AUGAACCGCGUCGACCAAGCCUACGCCAAAACCCUCACCAUUCACCACUACCAACCUGACCGGACGCCAUGGCGCAGACUCGGACAAUACCUCUACCGCAUCAUGGAAGACGGCACCCACACGCAAUACCGUCUCGCCGCUAUUGAAAGUCUCCUGCCUCCGCACUCCGAAGGGCCUGUGUUCCAUUUCCAUGAGAUGCACGAUGAGGGGUUUUAUAAAGGAACCGUCCGCUUCCACAGCCCCGGCCGUCCCUCCAUCGACGCCAAAGCGGGCGACUUCAUCGUCAUCCCCAUCCGACUGCCCCAUCGCUUCAGUAAUCCGUUUGCCGAGGAAGCGGUGUUUAUGAAUACCGCGACGCCGGGGUUCUUUGUGCGCUAUUUUGAGUAUUUGGAGAUGUUGAUUGGGGAGGGGUUGGUCUUGACGCCGGAGGUGAAUAAGAGGGCGUUGAGGAGGUUUGCGACGGUGCCGGUGUCGAGGGCGGAGGUCGAGGGGAUGGAGAAAAUGGCUGUCGAAGAGGGUAGGGGGGAGACGGAGGGGGAGAGGUAUGUGGAUUUGUUGGAGGAGGAGAGGAGGAAGGGUGUGGAGUGA